GAAUGAACUCGAACAAUUAUUUACCUAUUAAAAGUGAGGAAUUAGUCAAGAAUAUCACAAACGAAAGUGUUGGGAGUGAUGCUGUUGGAGGUAAAGAACCUCCAUUUUUAAAACAAACCCAUAUCGAACCAGAAGAAUUGCCGCUAAAUAAGAACGUUCUUGAGAAUUUGGAGAAUUAUAAAGAUUAUGCUGAAAUUGUGCCAACAAAGUCAAUCGAACGGGAAGUAAGCAUGCCACAACUACCAAAUUUACUCGACAAACUUCAACCGGACGACAACCCAAAAUCAAAGAGCAGUGGUACGGUGGCAGGAACGUCCAGCACAGACGAUCCGCAGCAUAAUCGUACAGCUACAGAAGCGGAUCGUAGUUUGACUCAAUUAAGUGUGACCGGCAUUUUUCAUGAUCUUAAGUCUAAGCUGAUAGCUUUGAUGAACAAAUUGACGAGGACACAUUAAACUGGGCGAAACUAAUAUUUCACUACGAUCAUCCGAAGUGAAUCCCUUGGGCGGAUCGUUAUUACUAAUUUUCAUCGUAAUUACACUACUUAAAAUUGCUGCUGUUCUUUCCACAAGUCUUUGUAACCUGAUUUUUCGAAUCAAGCAGAAAAAAAAUAUAAAUGGUCAGAAAAUUA